AUGUCAAUUUCCAAUGGUCACUAUAAUAAUUACUUAAAAAAAGAAAUCAAUGGUCUUAGAAAAUGGAAAGUAAAUGGUCAACAAACUAAUGGGAAAUCAAGUCAUAUACAAGAAAAUGAGAAACACAAUAUUAAUCAGGAUGACAACUAUGAAAAUAGUUUACAGAAUGAAGAACAAAAUAAUCAAAUAAAAAAUAGUUGUAUAUUAAAUGAAAAUGGGAAUGGAACAAGAAAUGAUAGUGAUAAUAACCAUAAUUAUAUGAAUGAUAGUAGUAAUAAUAAUGAGAAUUUUGUACCAAUAUGUAAACCUGGACGUUUCAUUUGUCGAGGAUUGUAUACAGAUAUACCACAUUUAUGCUCUGAAACUGGUUACUUAAUUUGGAUUGAACCAAAACAAACUAUGCGUGUUUUAUUUACUUAUGGAGAUACAAAUUGUGACUUUUUAUGUUAUUUAGAACCAGAAGUUCCAGGUGUUGCAAUCAACUAUUUAGAGCCUAAUAGAAUAAAAUAUUUUCAAUAUUUUAAUGAAAAUGAUUAUAGACCAAUACAAAUUCAUUCAGGAUUAGCUGCAUCAAUAAAUGGUUCCACUGGUACUAGAUAUUCAUGCAUUGGAUCAUUGUUCAAUACAUUCUCUUAUGCAAUUGAUUCAGAAAAUGCUCAAUGUUUGAUUGAAUUAAAUGUUUUAAAUAAAAAACAAAUGAAUGAAUUAAUUGAACCAAUUUCACGUCCAUUCAAAUUGAAUUUUCGUUUAGUUCUUUAA